AUGUCAAAGGCUUACUAUUUCGUCAAAAACUUUAGCUGGGCUGAAGUUUCCAAUUUAUUAUGCUACGGUACUAAGUAUCCUACCGUCCUUAACCAUUAAUAAAAGGUCACUCGUCUCUACAGAGCCACUUUGAGAAGAGUUUAUGCCCAUCAAGUUGAAGGUUACAAGACUGAUUUCAAACAAUACAAUGAAAAUAUUACAGAUAUUGGCAAAGAUUUCAACAAAAUGUUAGCAUUAAAGCCUGAAUCAUUGGAAUUGUAAGCUUACUUUAAGAAAUACGAAGAUUUACAAGAAGAACUCUUCGACCCUGCUAUGAUUAUUGAUGAAUCUAGACCUUAUGCUGCCUCUUCUGGAAGAUAUUAUAUUUUCGAUGACUACCUCCUUAAAUUCGAUCCUUUUGGUUUCUAUUCUCCUAAAUUGCUCUCUGAAAAUAGACCAGAAGAAGCCAUGCCUUUCUAUGAAGAUUAUCCUCAAAAUGACUCUCACUGGAAUCUCUGGGAACAAUUCCCCGAAGAUUUUGAGGAUUCUAAUGCUGAAAGAGAAGCCAUCUUAAAAUCUAACAAACAUUGA